UCACGUGACCGCCACGCCUGACGUCAUUGCGUAAUCACAGAAACAUGGCGCUGCGCUCUUGCUGUCGACGGCUGGCUGCACAGGUGGCUCGUUUAAAGCAUUGUGUUAACGACUGCACGAGAAAUGUAUCCGGUUCUGGUUUAUCUCUAGCACGAAUCAAACCGCCUCAUGAGCCGGCGGGUGUGUUCGCGCGUUCGAGCCGCUGGCACAGAAGGUCAUGGCAUCUGUGUGUCCGCGAGACGCGUCCCUCUGGCGCUGCAGGGGACAGCAGCUGGACUCUUGCGUGGGGUGUCAUGGCCUUUUCGCUUUUUGGAAGCUCUGAUGAGAGGACUGAGGAGCAAAAACUCGAGGAUGAGCUUAUUCUGCUCUUGAAGAAAGCCAAGUACAGCAUGAUGAUUGGGGAACUGGAUGCUGCCAAUGGAUUCUUACACAAAGCUGUUCGACUGGCACAUCAGAUGCACAAUAAUGAUGCCAUAAUAUACAAAUACAGCCUGAUGGCGAAUCUGGCAUUUGUCCAAGGUCAGCUGGACAAUGCUGAGAAGCUGUUCAAAGCAGCCAUGAGUUUUAUGCUGUCAGGAGGAACACCACAGGAUCACAAUGCAGUGAUCGAGAUGUCGCUGAAGCUGGCCAGCAUAUAUGCCACUCAAAACAAGAACGAACUGGCAGAGCAUGGCUUCCAGUUCUGCACAGAGUCUUUAGAGGCCAAGAUUGAGAAACAGAAGGAGCUUCCUCCAGAAAGCCUGUCAGAUGAGGAGCGCAAAGACACCAGGUUGCUGCUCGGACUUAGUCUGGACGCGAGGGCACGUUAUUUGGCAGCUAAUCGUCGUUUCACAGGUGCCUGCAGAGAUUAUCGGCACGCUCUACAGAUCUGCCAGGAGGAGCAGGGAGAGUCCCAUCCACAGAGCCUGGUUCUGUUGAGUGACCUGGCGACUGUGUUGGAUCUGCAAGGAAAGCAUGAUGAGGCUCUGGCUCAUGUGAAGAAGGCGGUUGAGCUUGGACAGGCAGCGGGUCACCCUGAUCAACAUGUGCUGCUUGGGAAUAUGGCGGGAAUUCUGAUGCACAAAGGGGAGUUUGAGGAGUCUAGUAAACUGUACCAGGAAGCUCUGGCUCUGGCACGUGCAGCAGGAGAUGGAGAAGCUGUUGAGCAGCUUCAGGAAGGGCUGAAAGAGUUGGCCAGCAGGAGAGACGGGCAAACGAAGAGCAAACCUAAGGAACAGGAGCUUAAGGAUUGAUCCAAACGAUGCCUGUGCGCGCACACACUCCUGGAAGUAUAAUAUACUUCAGUACAGCACAACAUUAGGGCAAAUAUAACAGUUUUGUGCAACAAUAUGAUCCUUAGCAGGGCCAUAAUUCUCCAGUAAUAAUUCUCCAUGAAUAAUUGUAUCAUUCACUGGUUACCAUUUACCGUUUUUUUUUUCACUCGUAAUGCAGCAGUACACAACAUAUAUUGUCUAAUGCCCUUUUUAUAUAUUACCUCCCAUUAGACUUAUUUUGAAGCCUUGUUCUUAGACUGUAAUAAAUGUUUCCUCUAUAAAACAGAAUCAGGGAAGAUAAUGAGAGACUGAUGACUGAGCAGCUCAUCAUUGGUCUUUUGAAAUAUUGUGCAAUGAAACGUAAUAAUCUUAUUUAAAGCAAGCUUGUGUUAAUGUGUUUGAUGUGAGAAGUGGUUUGAUAAACCUGUGAACAAAA